CUCUAAAGCGGAAGCUACCAUGCUAACUUGCCGAAAUUGACCGGAGCCGCGUCGCGAGGACAGGUGGGAGCUCCGCUCCGGUCUGACGAGCCGCUGUUGUUCUCAAUACAAAGGGAACUGGGUCGGAAACAAGAAGAAAAAAACAAUUAUAAGAACCAAAAUCAGUAUUUUUUGUCGAAAAUAUCUAGCGACUAAAAUAUAAAACCAGUGCGACUUUUUUGUUAUUUAUAUUUUUUUAUUUGUAAUUUUAAAGCGGCGGCUUUUGUGUGAAAAUGUCUAUUGGCUGAGAUAAUUUAAAUAGAAGCUGCGCAGUCAUACCUUCAUAAGAACUGGAGCCAAAACAGUGUUGAUACUGCAAAGACUUCUGGGAGUCCAGUUCUCGUCAGAAGGGAUGCAGAUUGGUGGCUGAGCGUCCGGCGCCGUUCGGUUGAAUCCAGGACGCCCAUUUGCUUAUCUCCCAGAUAUGGCGGCUGAUGACAAGGUGGCCAUCCUCCCGGAGGACGAGGAGGACGCGAAGAAGAAGUAUGUGCUGUCCGAGCCGUUCAACUACCUGUCUAUGGAGCAGCAGGGGGAGCAGCAGGGUCCAGACCCGGAGCCCCAGCCGGAGCCGGUCCAGGACCUCAAGCCCGUCCCCAUGGACUGCUGCGAGAGGCUGUGCCUGCGCAUCAACAGCCACCUGCUCAUCUCCAAAGUCUUCUACUUCUUCUUCUACGCCGCCUACGGCUCGCUGCACCCCCUGCUGGCGGUGUACUACAAGCAGCUGGGCAUGUCGGCGAGCCGCAGCGGACUGCUGGUCGGCAUUCGGUACUUCAUCGAGUUCUGCAGCGCCCCCUUCUGGGGGAUAGUGGCCGACCGCUUCAAGAAGGGCAAAGCGGUGCUGCUGUUCUCCGUCAUGUGCUGGCUGAUGUUCAACUGCGGGAUCGGGUUCGUGAACCCGGCGGACAUGCAGUGCGUGGAGGUGGUCGGGUCCUCCACGACGACUGCGGCGCCGACCGCUCCAAACGCCACGGUACCGAUCAACUCCACCAACCCGACCAGGAGUCGCAGGAGCGUUCUGGACUUGACUCUCGGCCUCAAUGUAACCUCGACCCCCUACAACGUGACUGAGACCGCCACCGUCCACUCCACCGCCACUUCCACCCGACCUCCUACGACCUCGCAGAAGGAGUACCAGAUUGUCUUCAACCAGGACCAGGUGGAGACCAUCUUCCUCAUCAUUCUGCUCGUCAUCAUCGUGGGCGAGUUCUUCAGCGCGCCCGCCGUCACCAUCGUGGACACGGUCACCCUGCAGUACCUGGGCAAGGCCCGGGACCGCUACGGCCUGCAGCGGAUGUGGGGCUCGCUGGGUUGGGGUCUGGCCAUGCUCCUGGUGGGGAUCUGGAUCGACCACACCCACGUGGCCAUCCAGACCCACAUCGAGGGGUGCGUGCCGCCGGAUUACCGCCUGCACAACUACAGGAUCGCGUUCAUCGUCUUCGGCGUCCUGAUGGGCGUGGCCUUCAUCGUGGCCACGCAGUUUUAUUUUGAGCGCGGUGGCGACUACACGCAGGAAGUCCCGGAGGUGGUGGAGGAGUCCUCAAACCCCCAGACGGACCCCAGUCCCUCCAGCCAGACGCCCAGCGGGUCGGAGGCGCCGCAGGAGUUCCACUACAGCGACCUGCUGCGGCUGCUGUGCACGGUGCGCUACAGCUCGGUGCUGUUCGUGGCGUGGUUCAUGGGGUUCGGCUACGGCUUCGUCUUCAGCUUCCUGUACUGGCACCUGGAGGACCUGAAGGGGACCACCACGCUGUUCGGGGUCUGCUCCGUCCUCAGCCACAUCUCCGAGCUCGGCGCCUACUUCACCAGCCACAAGUUCAUCGAGCUGGUGGGACACGUCCGAGUGCUGUACAUCGGCCUGGCCUGCAACACCGCCCGGUAUCUCUACAUCUCCUACCUGGAGAACGCCUGGAUCGUGCUGCCCAUGGAGGUCCUUCAAGGGGUGACGCACGCCUCCGUCUGGGCGGCGUGCAUCUCCUUCCUGAGCGCCGCCGUGCCGCCGGCGUUGAGGACGUCGGCUCAGGGGAUCCUACAGGGGCUGCACCUGGGGCUGGGCCGCGGCUGUGGAGCCAUGGUGGGAGGAGUCUUCGUCAGUUAUUUUGGUGCCGCGAAGACGUUCAGAGGAAUCGGCAUGGCGUCCCUCGUCAUCCUCCUCAUCUUCUCCCUCAUCCAGUGUCUGAGUGAAGACAGCAAAGAGAAAGAGGACCAAAUCCUGGCGGAGAACAUCCCAGUUCCGUCCAGCCCCGUCCCCAUCGCCACCAUCGACCUGGUUCAGAACCAGAACCAGAGCGCCGUGGACAGCCCGAUCCCGGCCCGCCCGGCCACGGCGCUGCUCCUCAAGAAGACGAAGCACCAGCAGGACCAGGAGGACCCGAUGAAGCCGGCCUGGGUGCUCUCCGGCGCCCCCUGGGUCACCAUCGCCUUCGCCAUCGUCCAGAUCAGAGAGAUGAUCAGCCUGAAGAGGAGCAGCCGACCCGCCACGGAAGAUCAAGCGCUGGAGGUGACUGAUCAAGCUCCGCCCGAAAGCCAAGAGGCGGGAGAGGCGAGCAUCGGAGAACAGGAACCUGAAACCCAACGAAGCAGCGACGACACGGAACCGACAGACCCAACCCAGCCCGUCUCGGAGGGGGGCGGGCCGAAGGAAAACCCCGCCUUCACGGAGGAGGACACACAGCGAUACUUGAGCUGAUCUCCGUCACGGAGACGAGUGUAAACUCUGUAUUUAUACCGACGAAUACGAAAAUCUGUGGAGUUAAAUUAUUGGGAUUUAAUUUAUUUAUUUGAAUUUUUUCGUGGGUAUGUUCGGGUUUGAAAUGGAAGUUCUCCCCCUCUUUAGUUUUUUUGCACCGUCUGAUCCGUAAAGGUCAAACGUUCCUCUUUAUAAGCUAUUUAUUCCCUGAAAACAGCCGAGUGUUGAAUCAAUGACUCGGCACUUUGAUCCAGAAACAUGACGCUGCGCUUUCAGAGGAUCGUCGCUACGGUGACAGCAUCAAAGUCAACUUCCAAAAAUAGAAUUCAAUGUCAAAAAAGUUUUUUUUUUCUUUCUAAGUUUCAUUUGUAUUUUCAGAAACUAGUGAGUCUAGUUAAAUACGGUUCAGAAAAGAUCAAUUUUCCACAGAAAAACAAAACAAACCGAGGUAUUUGGAACCAAACGAGCUGCUUAACAUUUCCUGAAAACAAACCGUUUCAUUUUGUUUGAUUCUCAAACCGAUCAGAAAGUAUUUGUGAGAGAAAAGUGCCUGAAAGCUGCAGUAGAAACACUCCGCUGGGGAUUUAGCCACAAAAAAAGUCUAAAAAUAUGAAGACUUCAACGGCAUUUGUGAGUCUUUUUUCCCUACAUUUGAUCAGUGAGAUUCCAGACUUAAAGGCCUUUUAUUUUAUUUUUUUAAGCCUCUUUAAUCUGCAGUUUUCUUGUGUCCGGUACUCCUACGGAGAUUCCUACUGUUCAAACUGCCAACGCUGGCGCGCAGACUCGCCUCUGAACUUCCAUGCCAAAAAGUUCCCAGUAUUCAGCGUCUCUGCGGAGGAAAGCCUUAAGAUGAACUCUGUUCAUUGUCUUGUUGCACACAUGAUUAAAGGAUGUUUUGGAAAAACA